GUGUUCACCUCGGAAUACAUUGAAGACGGACCGGAUGUAGGAUGGCGACAAUGGCGACCUUGUAGAAAAGCAUGAACAUGGAAACUAAACUGAAUAUUUCAUCGUGAUUACCAAGAUUUAUCCAAGUAGGAUCAUUUAGUUAUUUUAACCAUGUUUGCGAGCCUCAGGACGGCCUUUCACGGGCUUGCCAUUGGCGGGAGAACAGCAGGAUGUUCAGGUGGAGCACUGGCCCACGCUAAAGUCCUUUCUAUGGGACUGAAGACCUACGACGCACCCCCAGAUUACAGCGAUAUGGUGAUGCCUGACAAACCGAAGUUGAAGUUCAUCCAGAAGGUCCCCAACUUCAAGAAGGCCAAGAAGGAGUUCAGGCGGCUGAAUGACAUCCGGGGCCCGACCAAAGGAGCCAGCCAGUUCACAGAGAAGGGCCAAUAUGGCAUCGUGGCACUGGGAGGAGGCUAUAUCCACUGGGGACAUAUUGAGAUGAUACGCCUCACUAUAAACCGCCGCAUGGACCCCCGCACCACCUACGCCAGCUGGAGAGUCAACGCCCCCUACAAGCCAAUCACGGCCAAGGGGCUGGGCAAGCGCAUGGGUGGCGGCAAGGGUCCCAUUGACCACUACGUGUCUCCGGUGAAGGCGGGUCGCCUGGUGCUGGAGAUGGGCGGGAAGAUCGAGCUGGGGGACGUGGAGCGCAUGCUCACCGAACUGGCCAAGAAACUGCCCUUCCCCGCCAAGGUGGUGAGUCGUGAGAGUUUGGCCGCCAUGUAUAAGGAGCAUGAGGAGCGGGCUGCCAGCAACCAGAACCCCUGGACCUUCGAGCACAUCGCCAGGGGCAACAUGCUGGGCAUCCGGAAGGUUCUCAGCUCCUUCGACCUGCGGAACCACGGACGAUACUCCGGAAAGUUCUUCUUCCCAGACCGGGUCUAAGACUGCAGAUUGUGCUCUGCAGUUUAGUUUAAAACCCCAAGGAAAAGGCGGCCCAAAGACUGAUUACAUUGCACUGCACUGUACCUAAUCAACUGAGAUAUACUAAGAAGCUGGUUCAGGAGUAAACCAGGUUACGUUAAGAGGUAAAUCAUCUAAUAGAAGAGCCCGGAGUCCUCCAAGAGCCUGGAGAGUCAACUCCAUGCUCUUCUAUUACAUGAUUUACCUUAGUAUUGGCCCCUGUUUUCAUUUGAGAUGUUACAGCGUUUGGCAGCAGUGAAUGUUGCGGGUGGUCGUGUCAGGCACAAGGAUACAUGAACUAUGAAUUAUCCUUCUUGGCUGGACGACAGCGCUGGAUCCUCUUGUCUUGGUCGUCUGUGGGAUUCGAAGACUGUGUGGUCUUGAAUAACAUACAGCAUAUAACAUCAAUGUGACAUCAUUGUUAUUAUAUUUCCAUUACACAGAUGGAAAUGAUGCUCCACUGCUAUGGAUUACUUUCUAAUAAAAUAUGAAAAUAAACACAAACUUUCUCUGUGUGCUCAA